AUGCGUGCGGUCGCGGAAAGUGCCUCUUACGCCUCAGCAGCAGGCGAUUCUUCGCCUGUUGUCGUGAAUCCUCCACGUGGUGAGUCACCGCGUGUGACAGGCACAUCCGUUGCGUCUGCAGCGGGUACCUCGAAUCGUAAUCAAGACGAGUCUGCGAUUAAGCUCAUCUAUUCCGGCGAGUCGGAAGAUGUAUCCGACUCGAAGGCGACAGCUAACGCCUCCGGAUCACCCGGGGCGGACACUGCAAGGGCCAGGAUAACUGGCUUUGGUCAACGCGGCGGUGUCAUGUCCGGGAUCUUCGGAUCGAGUGUUUAUUCUGACGAAUCUUCGCCUCACGCAAGUCCAUCCAACGAUAUGACUCGUGGGGAUGUGCUCAUGCUGGCACCAAAAAGAGGCCAGGGAACGAAAUGUCCUGCGCAACGCUCCUCAAGUGGAGUCUCCGUGGAUUUUGUCAUCCAGAAAGUGGGACCCGUUGGAAGGCACGACUACCGAACCGGAUCGAAUCUGUUGUUCGAUCACAGGAAGAUCUGCCCACCUGACUCCAGCACGGAAACUAUCCGUGCUGAGGAAGAAUUCUUUACCGAUGUGUUUUUCAAACAUCGGUGGUACAAUGGUAGCCGUGUUCGAGACGGAAAGGCCUUGGUGCAAGGAUGGAACGCCCUCAUCCACAACAUCGAGUGCAUUGGCCGUGAGGCCUGGCUCGGCAAACUUGAUGCAGCUCGCACCAGGUUUGAGAAACGCAACCCAGUCGGGGCGCGAUAA